AAGCGGACCCGUCGCUAUCAUGCGCCACAGGGUCACUGUCACAUAUUUUGCGCCUCCAACUUUCUCUCUUUUUCCUAUUUCCAUUUAUCAUCUCACAGUGCUGCAAUUUUUUACUUCUUUCACUUCAUUUCAUCCUAUCCAACAAACUCUCGCAACUCUCUUACCUCAUGCGGAUUAAUACUUGAAUAAUUUGAGCUUUUUAUUCCUAUUUAAUCAUUUUCCGAGCUCUAAUUUGCGUCCUUUAAUUUCUACUUCGGGAAAUUCGUAACCAAUCGGAGAUGCAGUUCUCAGGCCGGUGACUUGUCGCCGGAGAUCGCAAUCAGAUCUGUGAAUCAAAUUGUUGUAUGGAUGCAAAUGAAUAACUCAGAUGAGAAGAACUAAUGUUAUUUGCAGUAGAAGGAGGAGGGUUCUUCUCUUCUUCAGCGUCUGGUUACAGUAAGGGCCUGACCCUUCUUCUAUUGGGUCAGAAAAACGAAGAGAAACCCAUGAAAGUGACACCGUGGAAUCAGUACCAGUUGGUGGACCAAGAGACUGAUCCUGAUCUCCAGCUGGCUUCUGGGAAGAACCACCCUGUCCGCGGGUGUGCCUCCUUUGUUUGUUUUGGUUGCACUGCUGCUGGACUCGAGAGCCCAUCUCCUCUCAAAGUUGGACCAACUCAAAACAAAGAAACCUCGCCACCACCGACUAUUAAUGAGGAUAAUGAUUCAAAAAAUUUAGAUGGCUGUGUUGUUGUUGAUGAUGAUAGCAAGAGGGACGUAGUUAGCCUUAAGAGUAGCUUGAAAAAAGCAGCCAAUAUUGGUGCUAUUGCUUCCACUGAUGGAGGCAAUGGCGGUGGAAAAAACAACGCACAUGAAACAUUGUAUGAAGAAAAUGAUGAUGUUGCUUGUCAAAUGGGGAGAAGAAAAGUACAGUGGACAGAUACAAUUGGGGGAGAGCUUUUUGAGAUUCGGGAAUUUGAGAUGAGUGAAGAUGGAUCAGACAAUGAUUUCAACCAUGGGAAUGAAAAGACUUGUUCAUGCAGGAUUAUGUAGUCCAAGAUUUAUUGGCAGUUCUCGAUUCUGACUCGACCUAUGCGACGCCAUCAGUGUCCGAACAGCAGCUCAUCAUGAGUCAAGCUCUCAUGUUGGGUGGCAGAAAAGCAAAAUCCGAGGCGAUGCAAAACACAGGGUGAUCGACAUGUUGUCUAUAUUAUUCUGGCUUGCAUCCCAGUUUUGUUGCAUUGGCAUUAUGUUUCCAUGUUGGGCAUUGACAUGCCAUUAUUUUGUUUGUAGCUUUGUGUUUUUUUUUUUUCAAUUUGGAGAUGUCUCUGCAUCUCUUGUGGUGAGAGGAUGAUUGUGGGAGGAGAUUUUAUUUUGCAUUUUGUAGUUGUUCAUAUUGAAUAGAAUUUUUAUUUGAGAGCCGUGUAAAGUGAUAUAUCCAAUUACAUUAUGUGACUUAUCUUUGUGGAUA